AGUCCUGCUUAUGCUGCUCACAUCAUCAAAAUGGCUGCAGCUGGGGGCUGUUGACAGGUGCAAACUACGAUCAGCUCUUCAUUGAUUUUCAUAUUUUGAGAGUGAUUUAUGCUCAAGUGAGAAGGGGAGCCAUACUAAUGCGCAAACUGAAUUCUAACUCGGAGUGUAAACACACUGUUUUCUUUUUUGUGUUUUGCAGUAGUCUGUGCAGGAAGCAGAGAACUCGAGGCUUCAUAAGUCACACCGGUCUAACGAUCUCGGAUACGCUGACGUUAGCUUCACAUCUGUGUUAUUUUGACAGAUGAAAAACCCCAUGUUGAACUGCUCCUGCGCCCGUAGGGAGAAAACUGGUGCGAGGAAAAAAAUAAAACAAGCAAAAAAAAAAAAAAACAAGUGAAGUUCCUAAGGGCUUAUUUUGAAGAAGCAGACUGCAUUGGUGACAGGUCAAUGUCACUGCUCAACAUGACCCCAGAGCCAUUGACAGCUGGGGCACAAAGUCUGGACUUUAAUCUACGGAUGUGAACGUAGAUCGAGCUGAGCAAGAGGUAAUGGCAUUUCUCUCUAAAGUCAUGUGCGUCUCUUCCAGUGUGUGUUUCUGGGCAAGGCAGACAGUCUCAGGGCACUGAUGGCAUCAUCUCAGGAGUGUGAGUCCCAGAAAUAAUAAGAAGGUUCCUGCGUUCGAUUCCCGCUGAGGUGUAGAUCAGAAAAGAAGCAUGGCGACUCCACCGGCAACGAGGGUGAUGGCUGAUGAGCCAGACUUCCUGCAGUUUAACAACCUGGCCUGUGAAACAGCAGGGGGGAAGGUGAUAUUUGCCACUGAUGAGUGGUUUGCCCCUGCGCAGAAUCUCUUAAAGAGGGAACCUGCAAAGUUUAUCGCCUCUGCCUUCACGGAAUUUGGGAAAUGGAUGGAUGGCUGGGAGACCAGGAGAAAAAGAAUCCCAGGGCACGAUUGGUGCAUCAUCCAGCUGGGAAUCCCAGGAGUCAUACACGGGUUCGACGUGGACACCUCCUUCUUCACGGGAAACCACGCCCCCUCUGUGUCCAUUCAGGCUGCCUGUGUGGAGACAGGCGGCCGGCCCCCGGCCCUGCGGAGGUCUGAGGCUGAGCGCACCGGCGCAGCAGCUACACGGGAGGAGUUUGAAGCUGUCGCCGCGCUGCGGUCAGAGGCGUGGGAGGAGCUCGUCCCAGUGUCCGACCUGCGGCCCGGAUUCUCCGACACCUGUCACAAUUACUUCUCCGUCUGCUGCCUGCGCAGAGUCACCCACCUUCGGCUGAAUGUGUAUCCUGAUGGAGGGAUCGCUCGAUUAAGGGUGUACGGUGUCGGGCAGAGGGACUGGAGCUCCGUGUCCAACCAGGAGCGAGUGGACCUCAUAGCGAUGGCCAAUGGGGGAGUGUGUCUGGGAUACAGUGACGCCCACUUUGGACACCCACGCAACAUCAUAGGUUUGGGGAGGGCUGCCAAUAUGGGAGAUGGAUGGGAGACGGCAAGGCGUCUGGACAGGCCCAGAAUACUGCAGACCAAUGAGAUGGGAGCUCUGCAGGUGCCCGGCAGCGAGUGGGCUGUCUUCCGACUGGGACACCCCGGGGUCGUCAGCCUCGUUGAGAUUGACACCAACUAUUUCAAAGGAAACUUCCCAGACUGGUGUAAGAUCGAAGCCUGUCAGCUGACCCGCGAGGAGGAGGAGGAGCAGCACGUUAAGUGGAAAUGGAGGAGUGAUGGCGGCUGCCUGUGGAGGGCGCUCCUGUCCCAGCAAAAGCUGAAAGCUCACCACAGACACUUCUUCUCUGGAGAUACCCUGCAGCCAACGGAGGUGGUCACACACGUACGCCUGAUCAUCGCCCCCGAUGGGGGGGUUAGCAGGAUGCGCCUCUGGGGUCACCCAAGGCCACUCCUCAGACCCCCGGGCAGCAAACUAUGAACCAUCUGACAGCUACCUGGCCGCCUGACAGUCCAACAAAGCACCGGAUAGCAGUAAUGGGAGA